CAAAUCAGCAAAUCACAGGGACAGAAAGCACUGAAACCCUCCACCUUAUCUCUUCAUCCCCCCCAUUCAUCGCAUCUCCAACCCUCAAAAUAAAUAAAUAAAUAAACAAAACAAAACACGAAAACAACUUUUGUUUCCAACAAUGGACAACACCACCACCAAUCACCAGCCUCAGCCCACGGCAUACCCAACGCAAUCCAUCACCACCACUCCACCACUACCUCCAGCAGGUGGAGCACCAUCCUCAACCCCAUUCCACCACCUCCUCCAACAACAACAGCAACAACUUCAAAUGUUUUGGUCUUACCAACGUCAAGAAAUUGAACAAGUUAAUGAUUUCAAGAACCAUCAACUCCCUUUAGCAAGAAUCAAGAAAAUCAUGAAAGCUGACGAGGAUGUGCGCAUGAUCUCUGCUGAAGCACCUAUUCUCUUUGCUAAAGCAUGUGAGCUUUUCAUUUUAGAACUGACAAUUCGUUCUUGGCUUCACGCUGAGGAAAACAAGAGAAGGACUUUACAGAAGAAUGACAUUGCUGCUGCUAUUACAAGAACUGACAUUUUUGAUUUCUUGGUUGAUAUUGUACCUAGAGAUGAGAUCAAAGAGGAAGCUGCUGGUCUUGGUGGAAUUGUCGGUGCUACGGCUAGUGGGGUGCCAUAUUAUUACCCUCCGAUGGGACAGCCUGCCGCUGCCACUGGAGGGAUGAUGAUCGGAAGGCCAGCCAUGGAUCCUGCCACUGGGGUGUAUGUUCAACCACCAUCUCAGGCUUGGCAGUCUGUUUGGCAGACAGCUGCCACCGAAGAUGGUUCUUAUGGGAGUGGUGGUGCGAGUGGUGGACAAGGGAAUCUUGAUGGACAAGAUUAAGCUUCUCGGAUGCAGAGGCGCGACAGAGGCUAACAAGGGCCUUGGCUAAUAUUACUGGGAAAUUUGAGUGCAUAUGAUAUCUAAAUGUGCUUGCUUGCUAUUGUUUUCUGGAAAGUUGUCCGUAGCUGUAGAGACUUCUUAAGAUUUUUAACUUCAGUGUAUGGCAGCUCUACAAUUGCUGCUAUAACUUGCUAACUUUAUCUGAUGUGCAGUUUAUUAAUUUAUGAUCUAUUUGUUACUGAUUAGAA